AUGGCAGAGGACACAUCAAAAUUUCUGAGCGAUGUUACAACUAUUAAAAUUAUUGUCAAAUCGGUAAACUCAUUCAAUUGAAACAGCAAACUCAACUAAACUUUUAUUCAGAUUGGCCCUCACAGAGCUCCUGCAAUUUUCAAUCGUAUUGUUGAUAGGUGUUCUCGACAAGGAUUGAUUCAAGGUAUUUUUCUUUUGAACUUCUUCAAAAUAUUUAACUUUUAGUAUCGGAAAACCCAAAAAGAUUAUUUCAAUGCGCCUUCCUGCCGUCUGUUUCUUUUUCCGGAAUUUGGCGAGUUGCAGGUUUUUUUAAUUUUUACUUUUUUUUAUUUUAUUUGUGGUUUUCAGGCGCAUAG